GGCUAUAGUUUGGAAUUCAAGCGAAAGACAAGUGUGAAGAUGUCUGCAAAUCACAAUGAACGGAGACGGGGACCACAAAUCGAGGAGCAAGAACUCGCCUCACGCACAAUCCAGAUCCAGAAUAAGCGCUUCUACUUAGAUGUGAAGCAGAAUCCUCGUGGUCGCUUUAUAAAACUAACAGAAGUGGGUGUUGGGGGCCAAAAAUCUCGCAUACUCAUGUCUGUGCCGGCUGCCAACGAACUGAGGGAAAAAAUUGAAAAGUUAAGCGCAGCUUACGAAAAAUUGUCGCCACACAAUCCGAAGUCGUUGGCGACAGACGGCCUCAUCGAGUCUGAGACCAUCGUGCGUGACAAUCGACGUUACUACCUUGAUUUGCGGGAGAAUGAGCGUGGCCGGUUCCUGCGCAUCUCCAUGCUUUCAAUGGGCGCCCGAGUGCACAUCGGGCUACCGGCUGACGGUCUAGUUGAACUGCGCAACGCUCUUGCGGAUUUAAUUCAGAAUUACUGCCGUGCAGAGGAUUUGGCUGCCACCCAGGACCUUCCCGAGGCGAAAGUGCUCUUCGCAGGCAACAAAACCUUCUAUUUUGAUGUUGGGUCAAACAGAUAUGGUGUGUUCCUACGUAUCUCCGAACUGCGAGCCAACUACCGAACUGCUGUCACGAUACCGGAGCAUCACUGGACACGUUUUCGCGACAUCCUCUCAGACUUAGCAAGCAAGAUUGAUAAUGCUAAAUCUACAGCGAAGACGAAUGGGGACAGCAGCGGCAGUAGAGGGGAACCCGAGGAUGAUGAGGAGGCAGACGAGGAGCAUGAAAAGAGGGCUGGCGUCAGCAGCAGUAGUGAGGCGAAGGAGGCAGAUAAGAAGCCUGCAACGUCAAUCACAACGACCGCUGCUGCUGCUCCUGCCGUAACCGACGCACCGGAGCCGAAGACAAUUACGGUUUCUUAG